GACAUGAACCUCACAUGCAACGAUAAGACAAUCUGCUCGACGACGCAGGGCGGUGAAGCCGUUAUGGGUCGUGUGUCAAUGUAGCUGAUUUAUGGCUCCAUUGUAACAGUUGCGAAUGCAUUAGCGUAGUCACCCAGCAAAAGAGUAGAUUUCGUAAGGAUUUGUUGCAGUGGAUGAGCUGGGUGUGUCGGGGAACGGGCUGUAGGGUGGGUUAUUGGGGAAGCAAGAGGGAUCACUCAGAGCGGAACUUGUGAAUUGCCUUGAAAGAUCUCUGUUUGCAGCGAGAAAGUGAAUAAUCAUGAGCCAGCUCCGCCUCCUGCGCGAGUUAGUCGAAGGGAACGCAAUCAAAAAAAAUGGGUGGUUGCAUCGCAGUUGAAUGUCGUUCCUUCUGAGACUAAGUUUGAGCUGCGAUUGCUGAAGUCGACUUAGCGUGUCGAAUCCGGCUUGUGAGGGAUGGCCAAGACACUUGGGUUAUCAAUUCCAUGCUCCCACGCCACAAGUACCCCGAAUUUGUCUCAAAUCAUGUACUGUGGUUCUCUUUUGAAUAGGUCCGUGUGCGUGGAAGUGUCUACGUGCCCGACUGCCAAUGGCUUGAGACUGAAUGGUAACUGGGCUUGGAAGUCAGGUUUAAAUGUCGCAGGUCAAUCUGUCUCCUGUGGAGACAAAUUUAUGUGUAGAAGCUCUCCCACAGAUAGGAUUCUAGUUUCGGCCACGAAAACCGCAGGAAAAGAAAGCUUCCUGGGAGGAGAUUUUAUGAAUGACGUCAACUCUAGGGCUUCUUGUUCAGAGGCACGAGUAUCAAAUGUAGAAAAAACCAGCUGGUGCGACAAUAUUGAAAAACAAGAUGCAAAUUCGGCAAAUAAUUUAAAUGGGGAAAGUGGUGGUGCAGCGUUGUCGAGUUUAGAGAAGGCUUGGGAUCAUUGGAAUAAGCUUGGGGCACCUAAGUUGAUAGUAGCUCCCAUGAUGGAUCAGAGUGAGCUGCCGUUUAGGAUGCUGUGCCGGAAAUACGGUGCCACUGCAGCGUACACACCUAUGUUUCAUUCUCGUCCAUUUGCACUGCAGCCGGGAUAUAGGCGAGUUGAGUUCACCACAUGUCCAGAGGAUCGCCCACUCUUCGUACAAUUUGGUGCGAAUGACCCGGAAUUGUUGGUCAAAGCAGCCAUGUUUGUUCAAGAAGACUGCGAUUACGUUGACAUAAAUUUAGGGUGCCCUCAACGUGUUGCGAAGCGAGGUUUUUACGGAGCCUUCCUUAUGGAUGACCUUCCUUUGAUUCAAUUAAUGGUAACUCAGCUUGUGUCUAGUCUGACAACUCCUGUUUCAUGCAAAAUCCGCAUAUUUCCGGACUUGGAAGACACGCUUGCUUAUGCUCGUAUGCUGGAGAAUGCCGGUUGCUCUUUGUUGGCUGUUCAUGGUCGUACGCGGGAUCAAAAGGAUGGUAGAACUACCAGGGCUGACUGGGAAGCGAUCAAAGCAGUAAAAGAAGCUGUUCGCAUCCCAGUGCUGGCAAACGGCAACAUACGGUGGCUUGAAGAUGUGCAUGAGUGCAUUAGGAUGACCGGUGUAGAUGGCGUGCUGUCUGCAGAAUCUUUACUCGAGAACCCUGCUCUAUUCAGCGGUCACAGGAUGAGGCCUGUGGAUGCUGUCACUGGGGGAUUGGUGGAGCUGAGCAAGGAAGGCUCACUUAAUGAGCCGUCACUAGUUUUGGAAUAUUUAGAACUCUGUGAGAAGUACCCAAUACCUCAGCGCAUGAUUCGAUCACACGUAUACAAAAUGCUGUGCGCGUGGUUCAAACGAUAUCCAGAGCUUCGUGAUGAGCUGAAUUUUGAACAGGGGGCAAGUAUCGAUUGGAUGAAGGUCAUGGUCUACAGGCUGCUCGAAAAGCACAUUUCAACAAUGGCUAAUGGUUCGUCAAGGAAGAGCGAAACCCAGGACGCUAGUGAGACAAGUAAGCUCGCGCAGCUUAGAAGCCCAAUUCAAGUGAUGUGAUGACUUAGUCACUGGAAGUGGGCAGCCACAAGUUAGAGAAAUCACCAAGGAGGGAGGAGCAAAGCAGGUCCAUGGCGGUGAUAGGAUUUGUGCUAGUUAAACUCCCUCGUAGGAUUGCACAAGCUUUGAAACUCGUCAGCAUUUGUCAACAAUUGCGAUGCGCUUGUGUUGCAUUGCUGAGCACUUGGACCACAGCGGGUUCAUUAUGUGCCACACUGUGCAACCCUUCGUCCUGCGCACUGUGAGUUAUUCUUCGUUGUGUGAGCAUUUUCACUCAACUUUUUGUCGAUGAUCUCUUAGGAAUCUAAUGCGUCGUCCCUACAAUGAAAUGAAGCUGCUGUGCACCAUGCAGCACACAGUUCUUUGCAGAGUA